AUGCUGGUCAUCAGUUCUAUUCUACUUAUUUUUAUUUUCAACAUUGCUCCAUCAGUACAGGAGCUCAAUGAGAAUAAUCGAAGAAUAGAAUGGAUUGUUGGCAAAUGGAGAUCUGAGUUUUCCGGAAAAGUUUUCUGGCCAACUGUACCAACCAUGACAUUUGGAGAAGAGCUCAUCAUAAACGAAGCUCCAAUAGCUAAAUCAGCCAACACGCAGUUCUUAAAUUUCACUGCUAGAGCAUGGUCACAUUCUACAAAGGACCAUUUUCAUGACGAAUGGGGAUUCUUGACUGCAGACAAAAUAGGAAAUGUAACGUUAAUGACAGCCGGAAAUAAUGGUUUUACCACUUAUGAAGUAGGUCAUGCAUCUCCAAACAAACUUGUUCUGACACUCAAGGAUAUUGGAAGAAUAUCGUUCUCAAGAGAUUUACCUGUCGAAGACUUGCGCAGAACUUUCUUAAGACAUGAUGACAGGUAUAUGGAACAAGUUAUUGAGAUGAGGACAGCAACUCAUCCUAAAACAGGAUAUCUCGAGCAUACACGAGUCAUUUAUACGAAACAAAAGAACUAA